AUCUUUUGAAGUCAUUUUAAUCAUAGAUAAAGUUGGUAUGGAAUCUUGCAUCAUAUUUGCCCUUUUAUAUUUGAAAUUGAUUAAGUCAAGAAUCUAAUUUCCUUUAACUUAUGCUAAGCAUAUCCCAGGAAAAAUAUGACAACACAGUUAAAGAAUGCACAAAAGCAUUAGAUCUGAAUCCAGUGUACAUUAAAGCUUUAGUAAGAAGAGGAGAAGCUCAUGAAAAACUUGAACAUUUUGAAGAAGCCAUUGCUGAUAUGAAAAAGAUCUUAGAAAUUGAUCCCUCAAAUGAUCAAGCUAGGAAGGCCAUCAGGCGACUUGAGCCGCUUGCUGCAGAAAAGCGGGAAACGAUGAAAAGAUGAUUGGCAAGUUUCUGUUAUCAUAU